UGGACUUCAAAAUAAAGUGCAGCACUCCGAUCCAAUUGAUAAUUUAGAUUGUACGGGAAAGGGAUAAUAGAUAUGCUCGAUGGAAAUAUGAAUAAUUGAUGAGAUGAACGUUUGUCGUACAAAUGUUUUUAUUUUUUUUCUUCCACCAACCGACCAAUUGUGAGUGUCAGUUUUAAUUAUGAAGGGUUAGUGCGUGACAUCGUGCUGCGGCCAUUACGGAGACUUUGGGGUCUUGUUGAAGUUGUCGUCGUAAAUAAGCCUAGAAAAUAUUGGGUAGACGUCGUCACUUUCGGUCGUUGACUCGGGUUGACAUUUGUAAAGUGCGCUCUUGACUGGGUGCUCAAAUGACUACUGGACCCGCGACUCGUCGAUGACGCAUCGGUGUGAUGGAAAGCGCUUGCUGGCGCGUGCCGCUGGCAUGUUGCCGCCCUCGCGUGCUGGCCCUGCACGCGCUCUUUUGGGGCCUCGUGGCUCUCAGAGUUUUUGGAGCCGCCUUGCUGUCUGAAGACAAACUUGCAGCCGUCAAGGUCAGCAUCACCCCCUGUUGGCUGCUGGAGGACUUUGUGGUGACGACAGAAUGCUCACAGUGCGACGCCUUCCAGGCGAAGACGAGGCCGGCGUGUGGUCGGACGGGCUACGUGGAGAAGGUCAACUGCACCAAAUCCAACCGGGACGAGUACAAAAGCUGCCGCUCGGCCAUCAUGGAGGAACGUCUCUUCUGGAAGUUUGAAGCGGUCGUGUUGUCCGUGACGGCGUUGUCGGCCGUCUCGGUGGUCCUGCGUCAGCGCCGGUUGGACCGCCUCGCCUCAGAGAAAGUCCGCCGACAGAUUGAGUCCAUCUAGCAGCACCAACUUGCCAUACAAACUUUGAUGCAAAAAUGCAUGAGACCCACAGACCCCCACUCGAUGACGUCAUUUUCGUGUGUUCUCUGUUCAUAGUCGGACUUUGGCCAAAAACUCUGAUGACCGUGCUAAUAAAGCUUCCUGGUUGUGUGACCGAGGCAGAAGGGUUGAGAAAA